CCGUCGCAUUCCUCCACCAUGCCGGACCGGGGCAAAAGGCGACGAGUGGAUGCUGUCAGGUCAUUCAAGCUAUAGACACCGGCAGCUCCAUUUAAGUCCGCAUGUCAAAGUUUGCAUUUCCAUGACGCAGCAGCAGCAGCAGCAGUGUGGAUGGAUUAAAGGUAUGAGCAGGAUGCCUUGAGCUCGCGAUCCCAUGCCAUUCACUGGUAAAUCCAUAAUAUACUGAGAGUGACUACAUGGAUUAAUAUUGGAGCGGAUACAUAAAACAUGGGAGACCUGGAGUGUGGCUUUGAGGAAAUGCAAGGAGUGAGACUGGGAUACCUGCUCAUCAAAGGCAAGCAAAUGUUUGCUUUGUCUCAGGUCUUCACCGACCUGCUGAAGAACAUCCCCCGGACCACGGUGCACAAGCGCAUGGACCACCUGAAGGUGAAGAAGCACCACUGCGACCUGGAGGAGCUGCGGAAGCUUAAAGCAAUAAACUCUAUAGCUUUCCAUGCCGCUAAAUGCACUCUGAUAUCGCGGGAGGACGUGGAGGCUCUGUAUUUCUCCUGCAAGACGGAGCGGGUGUUGAAGUCCAACAAAAGGAAAGCGAAAGCUGUGUGCACCCCCAGGGAAGAGGACGCGUCCCCGGGGCUCCUCCAUGCGGACGCCGAACUGUGGAAGGAAAAAGUUUGGUUUAGUUUGCACGGUGUCCCGGAGACUCUGACACUUCACAACAAAACGGGCAGGAGGAGAGAGCUGACUCCUUGCCUUACCGACUCCAAACUACCUCAAUUUUACCACAAAACGCGCGGACGGGAGUACCGUUCGGUGGCUAAGUCCAGUCACAAACACUUUAAAAACUAUGAAACUGCUAAAAUAACAGGGAACCGCGUUACUUUGAGCCAAAGGCACUCGUUUUUCCGGAGCGCGGUGAGCCGGCAGCCGGUGGUGCUUCAGUCCGCCAUAGCUGCUCAGUCCAGGCUCUCGCGCUCAGCCGGCGACCUACUUCACAAAAGGAAGAGGAGGCGCGAGGGGGGCGGCGGCAGGGACAGCGCGAGGCACUCGUGGAGCAGGAGCAGACACGCGCACCACCACGUACCACCGGUGCUGCUCGUACAACCCAAAUCUCCCGGCGGUCACGGGACUUCUUUCGGUGCUUUCCACCUCGGUCCGGAUUUCUAUCUCGACCCUAGACCUCAUCACCACCACCACCACCAGCAUCACCAUCAUCACCAUCACCAUCACCACGAGCCCACUUUCCCGGAGAGUUACAGCAGCGACACCGAGUCCAGCACCUACUCGGACCGGGCGUACCCAGACUCGGACUUUGGGUCCGGCCUCUCCACCACCAGCAACUCCGGGAGCUCCGAUGAGGAAGAGGAGGGCGAGGAUGAAGAUGACACACAGUCAGAGAGUUCAGAGGUCAGCUCGGAUGAGGAGGAGAGCUCCUCUCAGUCCGAUUCAAGCUCGGUUUCUAGCCGGGUUUCGGUCCAGAGCAUCCGGUUCAGACGGGCCCGGGUCGGCUCUCUCGCCAAAACUCUCAACACUAGUAAAGCACCUUUGGUCCUGCAGCCCACGUUUCACUACAACAACCAGCAUCAGGAGAGACAACACAGGACACUGGGCCAUGUUGCAGCUUCAGUGGACAGCAGGCAAGAGAAACGUCAGAAAUGUGAAUUUAUAUGCAGUGAAACUAGAAAGGAAUUUGAACCCUUACAGCCACCACAAUUUAACUCAACUGCUAUAGGAGAGAGCUUUUUCUCUGAGUCCAAAAGGGAAAAGGUGUUUGAGGCUGAUCCAAACAGAGCUGACCAUGUGGACGAGCUGGCCCCUUAUUCACCGGGAUCCAACCGGAGUAAGGCCUUUCACCCUUCACGCAGGACACCGGGGCAUCCCACCAAGUGCCCCCCGGGACUGAGCGCACAGUGUGACCAGGACAAAGACGCCAAGCUCCCCAAAUGUGCCGACAAAAGGGAGGCGAAAGCCAGCAGCCUGAAAUUGCCCACUCCACUGAAAAAGAUAAAGACCGAGCCAGAGGAGCUGUCUGUGACCGCUGCCCCCCACCCGGACAGCGGCAGGACAGCCAGGACGCCACCCUUCAACCUCCACAAUGUGAAAGUUAAAGUGGAGGAAAGCUGUGAUGAAUAUGAAUACCAGAGCCAGGCCACUGUAGUGAAAUGUAAAGAAGAUAAAACAGAGAGCAGCAAUGGGCAGUAUCCCAUUAAACUCGGGGAGUUUUUCAGCAGCGGGGUUAAAGCCACAGAGAAGAGCCCUGAUGUGGCCCCCAGGUCCCCCUGUGGUCGCAUCCAGGACACCCCGUGUAUCGAGGAGGGGGAGCAUCGGAACAAAAACUGCAGGGCUCCGGUGCUGGGGAAUAAAAAAAACCGAGUUUCCAGGACGCAAACAAAACAAAACGUGCCCAGGGUCAACAAGACUGCCUCUUCCUCUUCUUCUUCGUCGUCCUCUCGCACCGCGGGCUGCGAGGACGCAUCUACGGAGGAUUUACCGAGCAGACGCAAACGCAGCAACGCGAGCACUGUAGCGUCGCCUGCAAAAAUGCCUUUCAGCCUGAUGGCAAAUUUCCCAUCCCCGCCGUCGCUGGUUGUUGGCAGCGACGGGGAUUUGUGCCCUGCUUACUCCCUGAACUCGCUGAGGGGCCCCGGGCCUCCCCCUCCGUCCCACCCCGUGUGGAGGUGGCAGCCAGGCGGCCAGAUUCUCCCUCCCCCACACGCUCAGAGAACUAGGAAAUACUGAGCUGGGUAUAAAGCAAAAAACAAAAGCCCCCAUCGUGUCCAUCUCCAACCUAGUCUUAACUUGAGCUCACCAAAUUGCUCGCAACUUUCUCGGUGUUUAUUAUUAUUAAUAAUAUUUUUUAUUUGUGAAUGGGUUUACAUUCCGCUUUGUUUUGAAGUUUGAUCGAGGAAAACCCACCAGAUCCCCUUUUGGAGCCUCACAUAACGCCCACAGGACUGUGCGACACCGCUCGUGGAUUUAUGCUUAAAAACGUGUGUUUUAAAUAAGCUAUCAAUCCUAAGCAAUAUGUUAGGUUCUCCUUAUUGUGUUUACUUGACUUUUUCUGACUAUUUCUUCUUCUCUUUUCUAUGCUCGACCUGUUGGAUUGUAUGGUGCCAGGGUUUUAGAGGGCUGUGCUUUGUCUGAAAGAGGAAAGGGGUUAAAAAAAAUCCCACAGCAUUCCUCGUGAUGAGGCUACUCCUAAUCUAGCUGGGACUGAGAGAAAGUUUGAAUUGGUAAAUCAAAAAAAGACAGAAAAAAAUCAGGGUUCCCAUUUUGUGCCACGUGAUAUAUAUUUUAUAAAUCAAAGCUGGGUUUUUUCUUUCAUGACUGACAUGCUGACCAGCUUGGCCACAAUAGUGUCCAAGUGUUCAAUAUCAGAGAAUUAUUAAAAUUUGGUUUAUUAAUGUCUAUGUACACAUGCUCACAGUUAAGCCUUUAUUGGAUCUGACAGUAAUUUAUUUUUGGUUGUUUGGUUUUAUUUUUUUCUAGAGUUCAUGUAAUAUGGUUUUCAGUCUUGUUAUUUUUUCUGCGGAGUAUUUCCUGGUUUGCAAAUAUGUGACUGUGCACAGACGCAGGCCCAGACACAACACAGGCCUUAUGUACAGACAAUCAAAAAAAAAAAGAAAAAAAAAGAUUAAGGCUCAGACCUUCAUAGCACGUUAGGUCCCACGACACACUCAAACAUGCCCCUCCUGGUCUACUUGGACACCGAUUUCUCCUGCACUCCAUAUUUGUGCCAGAGCCGGUCUGUAUUUGAAUAUAGGUAAAGCAAAACACAGACAUAUUGACAAUGUCCAGGAUAGGCUGUGGAUGGGGUGUGUUUGAGGAGUCACAGUGGGGCAAAACAGCACCAAAACAGCGUGAAACACCUUCUAGCUUCUCAGAAACAAUGCGACAAAGCACAAGAGAUACAGGCUUAAAUGCAUUGCACUUUGAUACUGUUUGGGGUCUUGUUUCAGCUUUAGGGUUUUCUGGCUAGCCUGUGAAAUGAUGUCUGAGAGGUGCUGAUGGAAAAAGAAAAAAGAUUUGACUGUUUAAUGUGGAUGUAGACACAAAGGCCAAACUACAUCCACGUGACUGCUAUUUGAAUAUCUGGGAGUCAUCCAUAUGCGAGUUUCCAACCAUGCCAUGAUUUUCUGAUUUUCUCAAAUUUAAUAAUAAUAUGCUGAUAUGCGUGAAGCCACUGUUGUUCAUUAUGUUUGUCCAUUUUUGUCGAAUUAUUUCCCAUUAUUGUACACCCAAAAAUACAAUCAGUUUGUAAAAUAUUCGUCCAGUAAAUCACCAUCUCAUUAUCUUUAUUAUAACCUUUUGAAUAUGGCCGCUCAGUGAAUGUAGUACCCCCUAACCUGUUUCAUUUCCUCUAUAAAUACAGUGUGAGCCUUUAAACAGAGGUGAGCCAUGGUUGGAGCUGCACCUACAUGUAGGUAUUUUAAGUAAAAAUGUGUAGAUGUUUUUAAUGGCAGUGCAGGACGCGCUCUGCUAAUUGGCAGGCUUUUCUGUCUGCGACAAAGAGAGGCCCAGCUUAUGGCGAGCCAGAUCACAACAAACCCAAAGCCCGUGAAUGAUGUCAGUUCCCUCACAAGCACAGCAAAGGGUGCAUUCAUUCAGAGGAUUGUAGGAACUAUUUAAUGGGUGAUUGUAAAAAAAAUGUACAAAAAAGUGAGUUUCACUCUGCUUAAAUCAGCGUGGAUACAUAUGGUAGAUGUUUAGCCACGUGAUUAAAACAGCCAUGAAGCCCCAAACUCACCGUGGGCCUUAUUUUUGAGGCGACGAUUCAAACUUGAACUUAUAUUCUCAGCCUGUAAAAGUGGCUAUUUUUGCAGCCGUGACACAAGCUGGUAUAUGAGCAGGCUAGCAGUAAAACGGAGGGGGUUGCACGGGGUUGGAGAGGUGGUGGUGGUGGUGGUUAGGGGGGAGUUGCUGUGUUGCAAGAGCGAAGCUUUCAACCUUUAAUCCGCAUGUCAAAAGCAUAGGCUGCACGGCAUAGGAAGAAGAGGAAUAGCCUGUGCGGGUUUGCCCCCCUGACGCACCAGCCUAUUCUCACGCAGCGCGCACAAUGCGCGGCUGAGGGACGGAGAUGGUGGUAAUGGCCUGUUGGGAGGGUCUCUCCACCGUUAAGACAAAUAGCUCUCUGACAGUGACGCUAUCAAUGUAAACAAUUGCAUCGUGCAGCAGCUCGAGGCUGCGUGCACCCUCCUCUCCCUCCUUCCCCUUCCUCCUCCUCUUCCCCAAUCCCUGCCCUCCUCAUUCACUCAUUUACUUUUUUGAUACAAUACUUGAGGUCAGGUUUUUGACAUGGAAUUUGAAGUCACUGGUUGUUUAUAUGAAACUGAAUAUUUAUUUUUGUGAAUUUUUCUGGGGUUUUUCUUGUAUAUUGAUUUUUUUGUUGUUGUGAAUAUAUAUAGAACAACUGCACUCGAAAUGGAAACUUGAACGGUGGAUUUCUGAAGCACUUUCCCUUUCUUUUUUUUAAUUAUGAAGCAUUCAUUAAACGCGACUGAGUGUAAUUGUCAGGCUCUUUCU